GUUCUCUACUUUCCAAUUAUGCCAAAUUGAAUAGAGGAAGUGGCAAUUCAGCCCUAAAACACAAAAAUCCAAACUUUCAAAGGGGAUUUGUUAUAUUAGAAGAAGCUGCCAAUACAUACAAGGUAACAGAUUGUACUUGGCAUAAAACUUGAAACGGAGCCUGAAGAGGCAAUAUCCAAAGAGAAAGCACUUUUUUGUUUCUGUAAACACUAAAAAACAUGUAAACUGAUGGAUGUUUUGGGUUUCUUAGUUAGUUAGUUAGUAUGUAAUCCACAUCCGACCCAUUCCGCCCCGCGCAACGCGCGGGUAACCCCUCUAGUUAUCAUUAAAGGAGGAGUUGGAACAUAUAAUUCAACAAGAACCAUCAGUAGAGGAAUAUAUACAAUAGUAUGGCAUUUUCUUAUUGAAUUGGUGUAUCUCCAC